UCGAGGCAAGAAUUUUUCUCUAAACUUGCUUCCUUGUGUGGGUGUGUGAGGAAGGGAAGGUGGGAGGAGGAUCCGAGAGACCCAGAACGGGCUUAGAGGGGAAGUAAAACCAGGGCUCUCGCUUCUGGGAUAUUUAUAUAAUGCAAUGGACAGCCAGCAGCAGAAUAACCAGCAGUAUUUCCGAUCGGAUAGCAGCGACUCCUCAGCAUGCAUGAUGGGGUCCGGAACAGGGCACAAGGACGAGCCAGGCUCCGGGAAGAGGAGAAAGAAGCAUUGUAGCCCGGUGUGGAUCGCCAUGGCUGUGAUGUCCAUCCUGGCUCUGCAGAUCGCCUCUACCACGGGGCUCUUCGUAUAUUUCACCAUGUCGAUAUCCAAGUUAAAAGCCCAGACACAGGGGAGCUCAGAGGAGCUGAAGUGUUUGCAGCUGAUCAAUAGAUUGCAGGAAGUCUCAGACUUGGAGGAACUGAUUGGCAACCAGUCCUGUCUCAAGCUGGCCAGCAGCAUCAAAUCCUACGUGACCAUGGUGACAGAGAACAUUAUCCACAGUAACGCACUGAAGGAAGCCAGGAGGAGCUAUUUCAACAGCUCCAGUGGGCAGCUGGCUACAAGAGCACCUGGCAAGCCUUCUGCCCACCUCACCCUCCGGCAGCAGAGCCCUUCCCAGGACGGAAGCUCAGCACACUUUGGGGAGCUCUCCCAGUCCUGCCGACAUCCCAUCACCAGGUGGGAGGACAAGACCAUGCACUCACAUCUCCAGAACAUCACCUACCGGGAUGGCAAGCUGCGGGUGAGCCAGGCGGGCAAGUACUACAUCUACUCACAGAUCUACUUCCGCUACCCCAGCGAGGGCGUCGCAGCCCGCGUCUCGGGGCACCAGCUGGUACAGUGCAUCAACCGCGAGACCUCCUAUGGGCAGCCCAUCCUGCUACUCAAGGGCGUCGGCACCAAGUGCUGGGCACCCGAGGCAGACUAUGGCCUGCACGCCCUCUACCAGGGUGGCCUCUUCGAGCUCAAGGCCGGUGACGAGCUUUUUGUCUCCGUCUCAUCCCUGGCCAUUGAUUACGACGAUACAGCGGCCAGUUACUUCGGGGCCUUCCGGCUCGAACUGUGAGGAGUUGGGGUCUGUGUUUAAAUCCUCCUCCCAUUGGACAAUCCCAUUGCAGAUUCUUUUGAUGUCGCUGCCCGUCAUGGGCCAGCUAUGACAAACCUGGUCAAGGCUUUGAUCUGGUCACUGUUCCUGCCUUGCAAAUCCAGCUGUCCCAGCUGGUUAUGAAUGCUGUGACAGCUGCCAGGCCCAUGGAUGGUGGCCAGGACAACUGCUCUCCUUGACUUAUGGGGCAAUGCCCUGAUUCCGUUCCCAUUGAGUUUUGCCUUUGGAGGGCUGCCCCCAUAGCUGCAGAACAGUCGUGGUCCCCUGUGGGGUGGAAGAGCCAGGGGGGCACCUCCAAUGCACCCCCCCACCCCAUCAUGGAGUCAGAGCCAUAGGAGGAGGCAGCAAACUGUGUGGGGGUCUCCAGUGAGAGCAGAACAGGGCUCCUCACCCCAUCCUCAGGGUGUUGGUGCCUUCCCCAGGGGUAGGUGCAGGGAGAUGCCCUUACAUGCUGUGAAACUCACCCUUCAGAUUCCUGAGGGGGUAAAGCCCGGCCGGAACAAUAAGAGGGUCAAUUACUCUUCCCCCAGCAAACCCACCCCACACGUGGAAAGGACUCAGCUCUCAGCACAUUGCAUACAGCCUCCUACUUGGGGGAAGGAGCCAGGAACAUGGGUCUACUCUGUUAGGACAGAGCAGAUUGUAUCUGAUCCAGCCAGCACCAGCUUUGGAGCAGGCGUCACAAAACACACGACAACGAUGCCUUGAGAUGAUGUGACACACGCACAGCCACGUCAUAGCGAUGUGAGGGGAAUGUGACAUGGUGCAGCGUGAUGGCAUCAAAUCUGCACAUGAGGCUAUGCCACACCAUGUCGCCACCUUGGUGUCCCCGUAACCAGGAUGUGACAGUCCAGUGUGGGUCUGAAUGCAGGUCCUUCUCCCACUAGGUCACCUGGGUUCGGAGCAUCUGCCUCUGUGCAGUACAGCAAGCUGCAUGUUGUCUCAACACACAGCCAGAGGGAGGAAAACAGAGACCAGGGAGUGAGAUGACAGCAGAGUGUGCUCACUGUAGGCGGGGAAUGUAGGUCGGUGGAUUGGGUUCGCCCUUCUUUGCUCUUCCUGCCCUGCUGCCCAGGUAGGUCUGAGACAGCCUGCAGGUAUCUAGAGCUGGGUCUGAGCCACGCACAAACACGUUCUGCUUUCACUGAAGGUGGGAUUUUAAUCUGCUACAACUCUGCAGGUGCACACCACUAAAUCUGUGUAAGAGGGUCUUAACUCAUGUUAGCUGAAGUCAGUUUGUAAUCUACUUAAGUGAAACUGGUUUGAGACCUUCUGAAAUGGACUUGAGUGUCUGGGGGGGGGGGGGAGGGUGGCACCGAUGAAAUUAAAUUAGCUUCUAAAUCAGUUUAGUUAAAUGAGUGCAUGAGCCGUAUAGACAAACCCAAAGCAACCCUGAGAGGGCCAGCAGCUCCACAGGACCCUCUCCCAUCCAUCCACUUCAGCACACACCUCCCCUCUUCAGUGACGCAUGGUUUACACCACGCCUGUCAGAAAGGACUUGAUGCUACCAGGAUUCUGGGUUAACAUCCCCUCCUCGGUAUUUGCUGCUCUGGUGACCCAGCUCAGAGCUGGCAUGGCUGGCUGCUAAUGGACAGGAAAGAAGAAAUGCUGGUUUUAGAUGCCAUUCGAGUGGGGUUAGUUUUUAAAGGGAAAGAAAAAGUUGUUAGGGCCAAGCUGUAGGUUUAGUGGAAGGAGACGGAGCGGUUACAGAGCCUGUGCUGAACAGAUUUCAAUGAAUGUUUCUCCCUGGAAACACUUAACAGCUGGCUUUCCCUGGCUGAAAGUGACUCCGUGAAAACAGCAUCUUCUGACUUGCAGAUCUGCCUGCCAUGUGGAUCAGUCAGAGCUUCAGAAACAAAAUAUGCUUUAUUCCUAUCAGCCCUGCUGAGACAGCGCAUCUGAGAGCGUGCAAGCUGGAUUCCAUCCUGUCUCAUGCAUCACUAAGACCAGUAUUGUUAACUAAGGCCUUGUCUGCACUGGGAUUUCAGCCAGCAGUAGAGCUGCAAUUAUGCAAAACCUCUGGUGUAGACGCAAUUUACACCAGUGCGGUUUAUCCUGGGGUUUGUUGUCCCAGUACAAACUGCUUUGGCUGCACAUCAUGCCUUACACUAGGGGUCUGCACUGGUACAGGUGCUCUGGUGGCUAAAAUCCCACCAUAGCCAAGACCUAGGUCUCAAUUACAUAGCCCACUUCUGCCCCCAAUUACACCUUGAAGGCCGUGGGAUUGCACAGGUGUAGCUGAACGUAGAUUUUGAAUCUCUAGCACUGAACCAAGGCUCACUGGCUCGUCCCACGCUAGGUGUAAGAUACUUGUAGAUUCUGGGCAGGCAGGAUGGAGACCCAGCUUCCAUCUGUGUAAUUACUUGUAUAUUUUGUGUAUCAUAAUAGCACCACUAAGACUGUUGAUAGGUACAGACAUGCUGGAAUGAAGGAUCGUCUCCAGUGAAGGGCGUGAGUAUACGCUGCCCAGCAGGGUGGAUUUUGGAUGUGAGAUUUCUGUGCUUGUUCAAUAAAACUUGUAUUCAAUCAC